UCUUACUAGCUACAGUUUGGCGUUUGGAUUGUUAGCUUGUCAAUUGUCUCCCCAGUACCCUUUAUACUAAUAUUUUAGUCACCCACCGAGCGUUGCUUAACUGCAGUGUUGACUUGGUACAACCAAAGUGUCUGUUUGCGGACCCUCUGAAUUGAUAUCUAAGUGUUAUCACAAACGAUUCAAAUGAACGAGUUCAGUCUUUGUUUUUUGUAUUUAAACAUGCUUUGUCGUAAUAUACCCUGUCGUAUUAAUUAAUUAUAGUGACUGUCACCAUCAGGGCUUCCUUUUUUUAAAAAUCUAUCCGCGUGUUUUUCCUCAUUAGUGGAUAUGUAUUUGUAACCUGAAGAAAACGUUCGUCUUACAUGACAAUUUGUCCGGAUUUUACUUAACGAAAACCAGUUAUUGAGGCAACAUGAGUACUACAACUCAAAGGAAACGACGGAGAACAUCCUCUUCAUGUUCCAGAUGCUCAACCAAAAGAAGUAGGACUCAGUCGUCCCAGAGAGACAUGGAGACCAUUGUGUUAGAGAACGACAGACUUAGUAAUGAUGAGGUGGUGGACCUUACCUGUGAAGGAUUAGAACCUGCUGUUGUUGACCUCACCAACAAUGAUUCUGUGGUGGUGGUGGGAGAAGACUCCCAGAGCAGACAUGGGCAGAACACAGAGAGCUAUGUGUUGAGCAGCGAUGAAGAAGUAGACGAGAGUAGUGUUGGCCUCAGCCCUGCUAUGCUAUCCUCUCUGCAAGCUAGCACAAGGGCCAGAUCUAUGCCUGGAGCUGUCAGCUGCCCUGUGUGUAUGGAUGCUUAUGCAGAGAUCAUCGAUAGUGGUCGACUGAUGGUCUCUACAAAGUGUGGUCAUUUGUUCUGCAGCCAGUGUCUCCGAGACUCCCUUGCAAGAGCUCAUACCUGCCCCACAUGCAGAAAGAAACUCACACACAAACAGUAUCACCCCAUCUACAUUUAACCAGAGGGAGCGACACACACUUAAUCAAGUGACCAACAGACCCAUGGGACCUAUGUGCAUGUAUCUUGGUCAUACCUGAAAAGGCCCCUUUUGUUACUCAGUUAAACACUCAGUGCUUAAACAUUCUCACAUGAACAACUUUAGAAAGGCAGUGAACUAUCGUGAGUGAUAUUCUCUUCUGUUCAAAAAUUCAUUUGUUUUUGUCGUAUUUUUUCAAAUUCGGGCACUUAAGCAGUUGUGGAUGUUUGAUGAUCUCUGCUUCUCUACCCUUAAAUGUUUACUUAAGUGGAUAACCUUGUGAUUACUCCACAAAGCACUGUUUCUCUGGUAACUGCGCAACUGAAGUUUCCUUCUGUGUUCUCUAGUCUGCUGGACAGUUUUGACAGUAGGAUGAGGUUAUAUGAGAGGUAUACUGAGAAAUCCUGCUUUGUGGAGUAUCUGGCUGUCCAGUGUUUUAGGACUCUGAGUUUGAGCUGUGUGAUUAAGUGAUUAACAGAGCAACCAUUUCAAAUAUUCAUAUCCAGCUCUUUGUAAAAUCAAAGUAUGGCCAUUGAUUGAUGUACCACUGCACUAUUCUUGUUGCUACUUGUGUGAAAUUUGCAACCUUUGAAACAUCUUAAGGAUAUUACAUCACCACUGCCCCCUGUUGGCCAGUUUACAGUUUAGUUUGCAGCCAGGUGUUUUGCCUCAAGCCUUCAUUGUAAAUAUUUGUAUGUAUUUAAUGUACAAAAUGAGUAGAUCACUGUAUGUAUCAAUUAAAA